AGGCUGUCCAACAUGGCGGACCAAAACAAGACACACACUGGAGAAAACUUCUUUAAUGAAAUUUUAACACCAUCAGAGUUGUUCGCAGCCCGGUCCAGGAGCCACAAGAUUCCAAUGCGAGGACAGAAGGACUUCUUCCCUGAUGACUCAGACAAGCAGAGGCAGUGUCUGGAGGAAAGUCUGAAUGAACACUGGAGCCUCGUAUCAGAGGAGAGAGUGGAGCGGCUAGGGAGCCUCGUGAAGGCCUCAUGGAUUCCAGACAACCAGGUUGUGGAGCUUCAAACUCCAGCUGGAAAGUUUUGGCAGACAAUGGGUUUUUCCACUGAGGGCAAACAGUACCUCCUCCCUGAAGAAGCUCUCUACCUGAUGGAGUGUGGGAACGUGCAAGUGUUUUACAAGGAUCUGCCGCUGUCCAUCCAGGAUGGUUAUGAGAUGUUUCUGUCCUCGAAAACAAUGAACCUCCUGCAAUAUCAGGUGUUUGCACAUUUGAAGAGGCUUGGUUAUGUGGUGCACAGGUUUGAUCCCAGCUCGGAGCCGUCGCCUUAUGUGAGGCAGCUGAACCUGCCUCAGUCACGUGACCGAGGAGGAAGGCACCUGAAGAGGAAGCGCAGCCCCAGCCCAUUGUCAUCCUCCAGUUUUACUGAAGCUCCAGAUAAAGACACAGUGAAGGGGAUGGAGGAGGAACCAUGCAGCCAUGGAGGAGAGGAGGAUAAAAAACCAGAAUCAGCCUCUCUUGGGACUCCAGAGGCUCAGACCGCCACUGUGAGUUCAGCCGUUGACGGCAGAAGCCGGACCUGGUGGAUGACGGAUGAUCUCAGGGACUCGGGCCGUCGCUCAGACCCUGGCCCCCCCUCUGGCUCCUCACGCUGGGACUUCAGGUCCAUCUGCUUCCCUGACGUGGGCUCCAGAGACCAGAAGUCGGACUGCUUCUCCUCCCCGGACCCUGCUCUGCUGCCCAGGGCUUUGACUGUAGGUGUGUGUGACAUUGCCCCCUGGAGGCAGAGGAUAAACCUACAGAAGGUGAAGAUGUCGGCAAAGGAGCAGAAAAGAGAGAAGGACAAGAGGAGGCGUCACUGGGAUGUUAACAGAGACAGAGAGGUCCGACGGUGCAGAAACUGGUCUGAGUACCGGGAACUUCUGGCGAGACGUCAGGCGAAGCCUAGAAAUCAACCAGAUCACCUGUGGAACAGAGAGGUCACUCCUCUGCAUGACCCGACGGAACCGCUUCCUCAUGGGAAGCUACUGGAGAAAAUCAGUGUGAUUAAAUCAACGAAUUUGCUUGAAGGGGCAUCCAGGUUAAAAAGCUCAGACGAGUGGAGGAUUAGUUUCAAUGUUUACCAACCCGACACGGUGGCUGACUUCAAGAAGAGUAAUCCAGGGAAACCCUACUCGCGGAUGUGUGUCUGCAGUUUCAACAGUCCUGUUCCUGAUCUCCAAGUGAUGAAAGUGCUGGCGUUUCAGAGCGGAGAUAUCCCAGUGGUCUUUGCAGUGGUGGAUCACGGCGACAUCUCUUUCUACACAUUUAAAGACUUCCAGUUGCCGACAGACGUGUUCCCCUGAGACACAAAGCAUGGACCAAAUAAACGUCUGCUGGAAUAAUAUGUCAAAGUUAAUUUAUGUGUCUCCAGACGUCAGCAGAUGACUGGACCUUCUGAGGGAUGCUGGGAUGGCAGACUUCACUGAUCAACCCAAUAUGGCUUGUAAAACAAAUGAUUAAUAAUAAAUCAUUUCCUCCUUUAAGUUAGUACAGUCAGCCUCCUGAAGUUUAUCUGUUUUUCUGCACGCAAGUCAGAUUCUAUCAGCUGUUUGAUUCAUUUAGAAACAUAUUUUGAGAUGACUUUUAUUUCAUUCACAUCAUUACAUGACCAUACAAUUCUGAUAACUGUUAGUACUCAGAUAAUUGUAUUAAUCAGAUCUGACAUGUUUACAUGCACUUAAGAAAUAUGUUUAAUGAAAAACCUUG